AUGUCCACCGACGGAGGUCCUCGCGACCACGCCCAAUCAUCUGAUGCUCUCCUCGGUGGUGGAUCAGCUGCCGCUGACCGCCAUAGGAACCCGCCUGUCGCACUAUUGCGGACCUUCUCACAGAUCAUCGGUGGUCGCGCUGGUGGACCCAGACCGAUAAGUUCUGGCCACAUGCCCGACACCGCGACACCUGGGACGUCCCCUGAAGGUUCAUCGCUGUUGGGCCCUGAGCAAGGGUCUGACCCAAACCGCAUGUCUCGGCGAGAGAGGGAGCUCCUAGUCCGUGGUAACCUGGCAGAGGCUGUGGCAACCUCCUUCACAUUGUUGGUCACAGUGGCGCUGUUUAUCCUUGUUGUUGUAUAUGCCAUGUACCUGUACCUCUGGGCCUGGGCCAUCUGGAUCGUCCUCACCAACGACCGGAAGCUGGAAUGUGACGUUCCUCUUCUCAUGUGGCUAGAGGUCUACAUGCUAGCCUCCUUAUUUCGAGGAGUGUUCCAGCGAAUGGUCGAGACUUUGUAUUUACGACUAACAUACGGCCAGGACUGGCAACUACACGCCAGUGAGCAUCCAGUGAAGCUAGCCCUCUUGAAAAGCUUCUUGAACCUCUUUUUCCCGGCCUGGUUGAUCUACGGUCAGACCCUGCUAGUGACCUCCCAUACCUGUUCAGCGACCAACUCCUCACUGUACACCUGUUCAGCUUGGUUCAUAGGCGUUGGGCUGACCAUAUGGUGUGGUUUCGGCAUUGUAGCUCUCUUUGGUGCCACCUUCUUACUCUGGAUGGUCCGGACAGGUCGGCUGCGUGCCAAGAGAGGGGCCUCGCCUGACGUUAUUGACAAGAUCCCAACUGUUCAAUAUGAUUCGACGCUAUUUGUAGACGACCAGAACUCGGCGGACGGCAGUCAUCCUCUAAACGAGUGUUCGAUAUGCUUUCAGAACUACUCUGAUUCCACUGACGAGAUCAAGCAUACUCCUUGUGACCACUACUUCCACAAGAGCUGCCUGGCUCACUGGCUCAACACCGCUACUACGUGUCCGCUGUGUCGGUCCGACUUUGAAGAACACUAUCAUGGGCCUGCAUCGGGUCCAGAGAAUGUAUAA